AAGGACCAAGGACCGGGCUCCGGGGCUCAGGAAAGAAAAAAUGAAUCUUUGGAGCCUCUGUGCAGUCAGGCCCACCUGACUCCAAAGCCCAAGGAAAAUUUUACUAAACCAUGUUGUGUGUGUGUGUGAGGGUGGGGGUGGGGGGGUCAUAAUCCUGACAUUCCAGCCCAAUUUUCAUUUUUCUAGUAUAUUCUUUUCUAACCCUUUUCUGUGUAGGUACAAACUUUUACAUCAUUGUAUCCAUUGCACACAUACCAUCUCAUAUCCUUGUUCAUGAGCAUUUCUUCAGGUUUCCAUAGGCUUUCAAGUGGUCAAUCAAAAUCUAGUAAAACCCCAUUGAGUAGUUGCACCGUAAAAUACCUACGCAUUUUGGGGUUUUGUGGGUUUGUUUUGCGUGUUGUUGCUAUUUUUUUUUUUUUGCCUCCAUUUAUCUCAUCGCCCUCCCUCGAAGGAGGGCGUCGCCCACUCCGUCUUCUCUCGUCCUAUCACUCUCCCCACCGCGCUCUCCCCGAAUAGCCUGCCUCAGAGCCUCCAAGGGACGUAAGGGACGUAUGCGCGGGAAAAACGUGCGUGCGCCCAAGGGACGUACGGGCAAGGGCCUCCUGACCUGGCAGCCAAGACUGCCCCAGACCUCCUACCAUGUACCCCAACCCUCUCAUCUACUGCACCUGCUGGGACCCCUGGAACUUGGAACCACGGAAGCUAAUCAAGACCCCUCAGCCACCAAAAAAGACCUCCACAGGGAAACCCAAGCCAACUCUUCUUCCUCCAGCUUCAAAAAAACAAAAUUAUGUCCAACCACCAACAAAACCUGUUGUCUCCCCAAAAGUGAAAACCCACUUAAGAAAACAAGAGGAGAGCAAUAAUUUACCUUCUGAAGUGAUCAACGUGUGCCCUGGCUAUCGCCUCUUUCGGAAUAGGGAGCAGAUUUCCGUCACUUUGGGAGAUGAGAUGUUUGAUAGGAAAAAGCGUUUGAAAUCAGAGAUCAUGGACAAAAUCAGAAUUCGCAGGACUGAUAUCAUUACUGACCUAGAAGAGCAGAUCUCAGAGCUGACGACGAUAAUAGAGCAAAUGAACACAGACCACCAGUCUGCCAAAACAACGCUCUCCAAUGAAAUGGAAAUCCGCUGUGCUGAGAUGAAGCAGGACUUUGAAAACAAGAGCAGGGAGCUCAAAGAGGCUCACGCUGCAGAGCUCAGUGAGAUGGAGAACAACUACAAAGCAGCCUUAAAGGAAGAGAAGUUGGCUUCCCAAGAAAAACUAGAGGAGAUGGGAAAGGAAUACAAGUAUUUGAAGAAUAUGUUUUUUAUGUAUCAGGAUAGCCUUUAUGAUGAAAUGGAAGAUAAGUUGUCAAAGAAGAAGGCAGAAUGGGAGAAGGAUGAGAAGUCAGAGCGGGAAAAGAUCCUGCUACAGCAAAAAAAUACGAUGACAAAAAAGUUUGAGUUAGAGUCAGAAGAAGAAAAGAAAAAAUUAAGUGAAUCCUACAGUACUCUCUUUGAGAACGUCACUCAAGAGAAGGAGGAGCUCUUGAAACAACAUGAAAAGGACACCUUGCAAUUAAAGGAGCUGAAAAAGACCAACGAGAUCAUAGAGGAAGAGUUGCAUGCACAAGCUAUUAUCCUGGAAUCACUGAACACCACCCUCUACCAAACCCAGAUGGAACUCCAGAAGGAGAAAGCUGCGGUGGCAAAUCUGGAGAAAACACUCCAGACCAAGCUUGCUGAAACGGAAGAGAAGUUUAAAUUCACCAUACAGCUCCUGAGAGAAGAAAACAUUCAUCUGAGGCAAAAGAUAAAUACCAAGAAUGGAGGAAUUUAUGAAGAACGAUCUGGAAGGUCAACCUGUAUUACUAUUUAUGAGGAUGAUACUGAGACUUUAGAAGAGGGUAGCAACAAAAGACAAGAAUUAUGAGCAGAAAAGUUUUUCUCCAUCAUCGGAGUUGGUAGGAACACCAUCUCUGUAAGCCUAGAGUACUCCUGUAGGUUUUCUUGAGAAAUGCAUAAGAUGGGUUUGGUUUUGGGGUUGCCUUGAUUCUACUUUCGUCUUUUCACAAUUUGCUUUCUUCUAAGUGGUUGGGAAUGUUUGAAUUCUCAUCUCAAUUACAUAGAUUUUUUUUCAUGAUUUUCACUGAAAAGUGAUGUGCUCUGUAGCUAGAGCUGGGCUUUCUCUGGGUGUACUAUUUUCUCUUCCACCUUUACAUAUUUUUAUUAUGAAGACACUGAUCUGAAAAUUUUCUUUCUAUAAAAUGUUAACUAUAUUAUGGACUGUACCUGGGGCAUUUAGCUAGCAAGAAAAAAUUUAUUGGUUUGAUUUCAAAAACCUCUCUUUUUCACAUGUGUCCCCACUCUCUCACCUCUCAAUCACAUUCCCUAACCUGUGAUUUAGGAAGAGUUUCUGAUAAUUCUUGCCAGAUUCUCUAAACCAUUGCUAGAAUUCAAAUGCCACUGUGGAGGCAACAUAAAUAAGUGAAAUGGGCUGCACAUAAAGAAAAACAAUCUGACCAAAACAAUAAUUGGUAAUUAGCAGCAGCUUCAAUAGAGGGGACUAGAUGGGGGAGGCAGUGAGAGAAACCAUUCCAUUGCUGCCAUACAGAAGCAUGGAGUUAAUGGGAUCAAAUAUUCUGAUUUUUCAAGAGAAGGUAUUCUAGUUUUUAUAUCACAUCUCCCAAUUUUUAAAUAUGAACAACACAUUUUUUUUAAAUAUUGAUUUCAGAGAGGG